AUUUAAAUGUUUUGUUUAUUUUUUUUGGUUUUGGAAAUUUUGUUGCCUGAUAUUUGGAAAUUUCAAUAUGGAUAAUGUAAAAAAACAACAAUCAAAACAAAAUCGUCGUGAUAAAAAGAAAAAGAAACAAUAUUAUCGUAAACAAUCAGAUAAUAAACGUAAAGAAAAUGGUCGUAUUCGUAUUGAACUUGAAAAUGGACAUUGUGGAUUUCUUGUCACUUGUAAUCAAAAAGAAUAUCAAUGUUUACAAGAAUCAUAUAAUAUAUUGAAUGAAAUAUCCGAUCAGCUUUAUCCCACCACAGCCGAACAUCCUGAUCCAAAUGAUAUUGAAGCUUGUAUAAAAGCCGAAUUGGAAGCUGAACAAAAAACUAAUCGACGUUUUUUACAAGUAAAAACUCGUUGUAAAAAUCUAUUAUUUAUUCGGAUACAAGAUGAUCAAAUUGAUCCACAAGCCUUAUCUACAGCAUUAUGGAAAGAUCUUGAACAAAAUCGACGACAAAAUUGUCGAUAUAUUCAACGAAUUAUUCCAGUAAUACGAACAUGUCGUACGGAUAAAAUUGUUUCAAUAUUCGAUGAAUUAUUCGAAAGUUUAGCAUCCAAAAACGUUUGUUCAUAUCUGAUACAAUGUCGUAUACGAAAUUAUUCUUCAUUAACCGAACGAACAUUACAAGAAUCAAUAAUAAAAAUUGUACGCGAAAGACGACCAAAUUGGUACGUUUGUUUAGAUCGUCCGGAUCAAGUUAUACAGAUUAAUGUUUUAUGUAAAGCUGCCUGUAUUUCAUUAUUACCUGAUUAUAAUCGAUAUUCAAAAUAUAAUCUAAUUGAAUUUAUAAAAAAACAUUUCGGUAUUACUGAAAAUAAUAAUGAUGGUGAUAAUGUGAUGUUGAAUUCAGACAAACAAUCAAAAAUUAUUGACAAUGAUGAUGCUGAAAACAAAAAUGAAUCGAUAUCUGAUGAUACUAAAGAUAUUACAGCAACAGUAACUGAAGAAGAACAAAAACAACAAUUGUGAUUUUAUGAACAGGGACAAAAAAACAAUCAUUGAAUUUUAUUUGAAAAAUUUUCACUUUUUUUUCAAGUGUGAAAACGAUGCAAAAAAAAUC